AUGGUUCUGAAGAAUCCACGAAAAAUAAUUCAGAAUGACCUUGACUGCUUUAAGAAACGGAGCAAAAGGGCCGAAAAGUGCGUGGGGUCAAUCAAAUUACCUCGUCAUCAAAAAUCACAACCCCCGAGUGUCGUGCCAAACCCGGCAUCCAGUUUACCUCGUGCUCAUAAUGAUACCAUGCUGGUGGGUAUAAAUUGGAUCAGCAUACGUUCACCAUGGAAAGCCGCUAUCAUCCGUCUCAUCCGAUACUUUCGGAACUUCAGACGAAUACGCUGGAUGCUGGUCGUGGUGGAAUGGUCUUUGGCAUUGUUUGAGGUGCUGGUGACAGUCUGCGGCUUGCAUCCAGCAGGGAUCUGGGUGGCAUAG